AUGAGGCCACUCGCACGUACCCAACUGAAGUGCAAAUUUUCUGCACAGAAGUACACGUACUCGCAGAAUUGGUAUAACGUGAUAACAUUUGAGGCUGCGCUCUUUAGUUUGCCACCACAUACGCUGGGCAAUUAUAUAGAUUUCGGCUUCGUAGCAAGAGUAUUUCCCGUACGGAAGAUGCACUGCAGGCAAUAA